AGCAUUCAAUUUUUUUUUUUGAGCAAAAACAUUCAAAUUAAAUAACAAUUUUCACAUUCAAGAUUGUAUUAUUUUUAGAAAAUAUUUUGGGCCCCUCCUCUUCUCACUCUAGUUCCGCCAUUGCUUCCCCCUUCAUCUUUCAUUCUUCAUCCUCUUCUGCAAGAAAAAGACGAUGCAGCCGCAACUGCAACAAAAGCCUCUCUUCUUCUUUGUCUUCUUAAGCUUCAUAAUAAUCUGGUCAUGGGGGACUCUUGACGGCGUCGUUUCAGACCCUCAGACGAAUCUAGUGCGACUGUGGUGCGAUCAAGACGGCGACAAUGAUGGGUCCAUCUUGAAGGAGAUCCUCAACGAAACGUUUCGAGACCUGAGAGCUCAGAUCGAAGACCAAAGCAAACUCUUCGGCACAGCUCAAGCAGUGAAGGCUAACAUCGCCGUUUAUGGCCUUUUUCAAUGUAGAAACUACCUCUCCAUAGCCGACUGUCUUGCUUGCUUUAACGUCGCCGCCGUGAACAUCCGCAACUGCUCCGCCAGGGCUUACGGUGCUCGUCUCGUCUACGACGGCUGCUUCCUCAGGUACGAGAGCACUCAAGAAUUCGAUCAGGCCAGUGAAAGUUGGAACAACAUAAGAUGUGGGAAUCAGACACUAAAAGAUUCCCCUGCGCUUGCUUCAACUGUGCAACAAGUUCUGACAAAUCUAGGCACAGCAACCCCCAGAAUGCCAGGUUUCUAUGCGGCCACUAAGACGGCCGUGCCUAAUAGUAAUGGCUUCAGUAUUUAUGCCAUUGCUCAAUGUGUUGAGACCCUCUCACAAAGUGGCUGCCAGAAUUGCAUCGACACUGCGUCAGGAAAAUUUCAGACUUGUCUUACAACCUCAAAUGCUGAGAGUUAUGAUACGGGCUGUUUCAUGAGAUACUCCACCAAUGCUUUCUUCUCUGAUAAUCAAACCACUGAUAUCAACGGCUUCUUGAAGAAACAAGGUUCAAGCAAUAAGGCAUUCAUCAUUGGUAUUGUUAUUGGAGGUUUAAUGCUUUUUUUGAUCCUCCUUAUUGCAUUAUUUGCCUGGAUUAGGCCACGAAAAAGCCCAAAGAGGGUUCCCAAAGGAGACAUUACUGGAAUAAGCCAGUUGAAGGCCCCAGUUAAUUACAAUUAUAAGGAUUUGAAGUCUGCAACAAAAAAUUUCAGCCUUGAAAAUAAACUUGGAGAAGGAGGAUUUGGUGCAGUAUAUAAGGGCACUCUGAAGAAUGGGAAAGUAGUUGCAGUCAAGAAAUUAACUUUACGGCAAUCCAAGAGGGUGGAGGAAGAAUUUGAGAGUGAAGUGAAGCUUGUAAGUAAUGUUCAUCAUCGGAAUCUUGUUCGACUUCUUGGAUGUUGUAGUAGAGGCAAUAAGAGAAUUCUGGUCUAUGAAUACAUGGAAAAGACCAGUCUCGACAGAUUCUUAUUUGGAAAAAAUAAAGGUUCUCUUAAUUGGAAACAACGAUAUGAUAUAAUUUUAGGAACAGCAAGAGGCUUGGCUUAUCUUCAUGAAGAAUUUCAUGUCUGUAUUAUUCAUAGAGAUAUAAAGACUAACAACAUUCUCAUAGAUGAUGAUUUACAACCUAAGAUUGCUGAUUUCGGCUUAGCGAGGCUCUUACCCGAGGACAAAACUCAUCUCAACACAAGAUUUGCUGGAACAUUAGGAUACACAGCACCGGAGUAUGCGAUUCAUGGACAAUUAUCAGAGAAGGUUGAUGUGUAUAGCUAUGGUGUUGUAAUCCUAGAAAUCAUUAGUGGUCGAAGAAACAAUGAAUUAAAUGUCAACGGUGCUGCUGAAGGCGAAUUCCUCCUUCAACAAGCUUGGAAGUUAUAUAAGAGAGGCAUACACAUAGAGUUGGUGGACGAUACCAUAGACCCUAAUGAUUAUGAUGUAGAAGAAGUGAAGAAAAUCAUAGAGAUUGGUUUGCUUUGCACUCAAGGAUCUGUAGAAAUAAGGCCGAAAAUGUCUGAAGUAGUUGCACUGCUCCAACAAAAGGGUUUAUCAGAGGAUAUGAGACCCACUAUGCCUAUUUUGAUUGAAAUUAAUUAGACCCAUUAUGCCUUCUCUACAGAUAUAUAAUUGUUAUUUCUUUGACUUUCAUAUUGUCAGCAAGAUGAUUUUAUUCACCGGGAACGUAUAGUUGUGGCUCAGUUCAAGCAAAAAUUAGGGGGAAACCAAGAUAGAAGAAGGAGAAAUCUGAAAAUGAUGGUCCUUCAUUCCGUUCUCAAA